UUUAAUGCUAGGUUAUUGAUGUUCCUGUCUGUGUUCCAAGUUCAUAUCAGGGGGAAUCUGGAAAUCGCGUUCCUGUCACGAACGUGAAAUGACAUAAAGACACGCAAGUGAACGCGAUUUAAUUAAUUCUGUGCAAGGAAAUUUGUUUGCGGCACGAACUUUCUCCAUUUUUAUCAACACAAUUUUUCCGAUUUUCAUGUCGAGGCAUAUAAUUCACGAAUACACCAAUUACUGCAUGUAAAUUUCUAUCCCGGGACAUGGUAUUGUUGGUAUAGAAUGUAACAGUUAUCGCGUGUUGGCCUGUUGUUUAGGAAGAAAAUUGCCCGUCUUGAGCAGUUUAAAUAAAAGCCACCUUCGGUGAAGACGUGUCAUUUUGAUUUAAAGCAUAUCAUAACAAAAUACGCCUGAGCCGAUUUGAUAAUUAUGCGAUCUUUAGUCACCUAGAGAUGAAUGAAUAGCCGAGAUAUUUUGUAAGUUUGCGUGACGCUGUAUUAUUUUUGUCCUGAUGUCUCCAUCGGAUCUCCUCGCUAGUACAUUUGGAAUCCAAUUACAAUUGCGUGCAAGGGCUUUAUGGAUGGGUUUUCCGGUGAACAACGCAUUGUGCAGGGAGAAGUAUAAUGUGUCUAUCAGUAGAGUAACUGUCGACUGUGCAAGCCUGAUUGAGUUUUAAGUAUUGGGAAAUCCGCAUGCGCAAGAAUGCUCUGUAUUGUUGAUUUUCAAGUGGAUGGCGGUUUUGUUGACAUUCGUGUGUAUGAUGUGAUAGAGUGUUGACGUAUAAAGAAAACUAAGUUACUUGCCUUGGGAUACAUUGUUUUUUUACAUUCCAUUUAGUGAAAUUUUAGACAAUGUCGAUGCCUCAUCGAACACAGAGACAGCAAUGCUACUUGUGCGAUUUACCCCGCAUGCCAUGGGCAAUGCUGCAUGACUUUUCCGAACCCGUGUGUCGAGGAUGUGUCAACUAUGAAGGAGCAGAUAGAAUAGAAAUGGUGCUGGAGAGUGCACGGAGUAUGAAAAGGUCACAUGGAUUCCACGAGAGUCGUCAGUCUAUGAAACACCAUGGGCUGCCACCCCAGAGGACUGCAAUUGACCAGCACGGUUCAUUGGACCACCCACGUGGUCACCCGUCUUUAGAACGGUACGAUAGCCGCUCGAGAAACAUGAUGACUGACUAUAACUCGCCGCCACAAAACCACUCAAGUGCAGUUAUUCCUGCAAGAGUAGAAGACCAACUGCCGGAGCACCACCGUGGGCCUAACAUUCCAAUAUCGUCUGCCCGGGCAGUUUCGGCAGUUUUUCCGUUACAUCAUCUUCCGGACCACAAUGCUCGCUUUUGCGCACAUCCACAAGGAAGACCCGGGUAUGUACCGAACCCAAAUGUCACAUCAAUGGGUGGCCAUACUCUCCAGCACACGAAGAAACGUAGCGCAGAUCAUGAUGAAGAUGAGUCAACAAGCGGUCACCAUGAAGAUAACAUCUUCAAAUUCACGUCUCCAGAAGAAAUGGCUAAGCGUCCACAGAUUGUACGUGAAACAAUUGCAGCAUUGUCAUCUGCAGUGCCAUUUGAAAUCCGCUUUAAGAAAGAUCAUCAUUUUCUUGGCCGCGUUUUUGCUUUUGAUUCCACAUCAAAAAAUGGAGUUGAUUUUGAAUUAAAAGUUUUCAUGGAGUACCCUCUUGGUUCAGGUAAUAUUUACAACAGCGCAUCGAGUGUUGUAAAACAAAUGCAUUUAGACAGUAUGAAAGAUGUAGGGAAAGGGUUAUCUUCAGGUUACAAGUAUUUGGAGUAUGAUAUGAAGCAUGGUUCAAAUGACUGGAAAAUUUUGAAUGAACUUUUAUCUGAGACCGUUAGAUUCUUUAAAGAGCCAGUGAAACCAGAAAUAAUUCCAUCUCCUUACCACAACCCUAGCUUACCACCCUUGCCGACACCAAAUACAAGGCCCCAUGUUCCUUUAGUCCAUACCAGAAGUCAGGGCUCUCAUGGAUCGUUUGAGGGACAAUCUAAGAAAAGAAAAGCUUCCCCUGAACCUGAUAAUGAUUUAGGAGAACAGAGAAAGCGUCAGCAGUGGAUUCAAAGCCAAUCAGAAGCACUCAAAAUGACCAUGAAUUCAACUGGGUAUGCCUCUGCGGGAUCUUCAUCAACAUCUCCCUCUAGUAACCAUACCCCUACACCGCCAGAUGGCACAAAUAUGAAUGGUCCUUCGCCAAUGGCAGCACUGAUGAAUGUCACUGAUAAUAUUACUUCCGGUCCUGUUUCACCUAAUAACCGGAACUCUCACCAUUCCCCGGGUGGCUCACAAGGGCCAUCUGCAAGACGAGGACCACCAAUGUCUAUCAAAGUUGGCACGCCAUCAUCGUUAUUGGAAACCAAUGUGCAGAGUUCAGAGACCUUAAAAUGCACACUUUGUCACGAGCGUCUUGAAGACACUCAUUUUGUUCAAUGUCCGUCUGUGAGUGAGCACAAGUUCUGUUUCCCGUGCUCUAGGAAUAGCAUAAAGCUACAAGGGGCCGCUUCAGAGGUGUAUUGUCCCAGUGGUAAAAAGUGUCCUUUAGUGGGGUCCAAUGUACCAUGGGCCUUCAUGCAGGGUGAAAUCGCUACAAUACUUGGAGGUGAUGUAAGAUCAGAUAUGAAUAUUAAAAAAGAGCGCGAUACGUGACUGAGAUGAUAAAAAAGCAGUUUU